AUGACUGCUCAGUUACCCUUGAUGCUCAUAGAGAAAUACCUUUGGCAUGCAUUUCUUCCCAACAGUGAUGGUGCAACAUUCCAUGGGAACUGGCAUCACAAUGAUGUGUGUCACCAAUGGGAAGGCAACCCAGUCUUGUUGGCAGAAGUUGAUGAUAUCAUUGCAUCUAUCAGACACAAGGUAAAUUCUGAAGGAGCUGAACAGAAGCAUUCAGGAGCCAUGAAGAAGGAGUACAUGGAUAAAAUACUUGCCUGGUCAGGAUCACUAUGUCCACUCAAUGCCCCACUCCAGUACAUCCAUCUUGUGAUGGUAGGCUGCAAAAUGCUGCCAUCAGGCGAGUCCCUGAGCAGGAAGGUGAGGCUAGCAGUCACAUGGCACCUCAAACACCUUGCCUUUGGUGCUGUUGUGUUCAUGCUCUGGACAAGGAACUAUGAGCUGCUGAAAUUGAAGCAUGGGGAUGUCAAACUUGACUGGACUGUCAUAGAUGGCAUGUUCAUGAAAUAUCUUCAAGGCAAAGAAGUCUCCCUCACCAUAAACGAGUGCAAUGCUUACUUCAAGAUCCACCUGAAGAAUUGCAAUCAUUACAAGAUUUAUCCACACCCAGAUAUGGGCAAACACAAAUGGCAUGCUACAGCCAGUAUCACUUCAUGUUUGCACCAGUGGGGCAGUGAUGGACCCUUGCAUGGGUCCAGUGGUGGGGGGGAUGGGCUGAAGCAUGACACACUGAUGCACUACCUCCUCGAUGAGUUGAAUUGCUACAAAAACAACCACAGUGAUGCACUGCAACUGGUCCCACAUGAAGGUGAUCAUUCACUCACAGGCAAAGCUGCACUUGUCCAGCCAGUGUCCACCAAGGCACUCAACAUGGUGCAUGCAUUGAUAACAUCUGACAUGGCAGUGCUACACACGACCAUGAAGGAAGUGAAGGAAACCUUGUGCUCAUUAUCAGUAGAUGCAAGGGAGAUCCACCAACAGCUCAGCAACAUGAGCAACCUGGUCGUAAAGGCCCUGACCUUGGCCUCUGCAUGUUCAGCCCCUUCUGGACCUGUGUUGCAUCAGGACACUACUGGCAGUAAUGCUUGGGUGAUGCCAAUAGCAGCUGCAUGGAUCAGCCUACCAACAUUCACCUGUGCAGACCACAACAUUGUCACCCCCAGUGAUCCAGUCCACUUCCAUUCCAACAGCAGGAUGCCACAAGUUGUCCAGCCAUUAGAUCUUUCGCUCUCAACAUCCCUCCCCUCACAGGUUGGACCCCAGGGGACCAAGGCCUGUGCCUCUACCUCCCUUCUGGGAGUUGUCAUCCUGGAGGUGCCUGUUUUGCAUCCCAAUGGGACACAGACUGCAAAGUCAGACUCUUGGAGGGACAUAGUGUGCCACUGGACAGAGGGUGAGCCACAGCUUGACCUGCACAUUCCACUCAAGGACUGGCCUUAUCACUAUUACAAUGGGAAGAGCAGCUGUCAAUUCAACACAAAGUACUCUCAGCAAUGCAUCAUCGUGAUGGAAUUCCUCAAUGAAUUCCAGGGGGAUGAGGAGACCUUCCUCAAGAUUUAUGGAAGUGCCAUCAGUCAAGGACACAUGAAGCUCCUCAAAGCGAUCUUGGCUGCCCACAAAUGGUAUUGUGGAGCUGGAGAGUGCUGUUGUUGCCUCACAAGUGAAGAAGUCUGCAACAAUUUUUCUUUGGUGCUCCAAGGCACCACUGGAUCUAAACAUGGGGCAAGGCACCCAAACAACAGCACACAACAGCAUGCCAACCCUGCCAGCCAUGGCACCAAGGUGGCUGAGGCCCAUGACAUCAUGGAUUCCCAGCCUCUCAGGUCAUGUGGAAAUUACAUUCCCUACAUCCCAGGGGUACUCGAGAUCUUGACUGUCCCCAGUCAACUGGAAGGCAGCUCAACUGCACAGGAUCCCAAAAUCAUGAGGGAGGGGGCGAGGCAUCGACUCGUCGACGAAAAAUGGGUGCUCGGAAUGCCGCAAUAUGAGUCAUGACGGAAGACAGUAGCGCAGCGAGCACGGCGCAAAAUGAACAGAGAGAAUCUGCGCGUCUGAUCCUGAGAUAUCCACAAAUCUGCCCAAAGGUACCCU